UUCUUUUAUAGGCCUUAUCUUAAAGCCAAGAAUAAUUGCCCAAAUCCUCCAUCUUCUAAAUCUACUAUUAGACCCAAAAAGGAUGUUGCCAACCAUGUUGCUUUGCCUGUCAAAGCUACAAAACCCAUCAGCAUUAAACAUCAGCCCAGACCUGCCAUUAUCCCAGGUUCCCGGAAGCCAAAGUUGGAGCCACCAAAACUUCUGGGCAAAAGGCUGACUUCAGGAUGUGUUUCUUCUCUCCCAAACUGUCAGCCUUCCAGCAACCGUCAUCAACAGCACAAAGCUGGAUCAUCCUCUGGAGAGCUGUUGAGGAAAACUGUGGGGUCACUUCAUCUACAGGAACUGAAAGCUGCAAAGCAGCAGGUGACAGAUCAAGGAAAUACUGCACUUACAGACUCUGUGGACAAUGACCGUGGUGAGGGUGAGUCCUCACACAACUUUCUAAAAGAGGUGAACAAAGAGAACUUGUCCCAAACUGUACUGGACUCUGAGAAGACACCACAUCCUCAAUUAUGGACCAAAAAUGAGCCAAAGACUAGCUCUUAUAAUCAAACCAAGAGCAGUUUGGCCCCUAAACAAACCUUAGGUAAAAGUUCAUUGAAUCGUGCUGUUCUGAAAGACAGAGCUAAUAAACAAUUUGUUGGAGAAGCACAAACCAGGAUUCCACCAGGAAAGUCACAGCAGCUCCCUAGAGGAACAGCUCUUGCAAAACUAGGAGUAAAAACCCCAAAGACAGCUCCCUCUCACUCUGUUCAGACUCUUAGUAGGACUCAAGCAGCAAAGAAACCAGGGAUCAAGGACCUGAAGGAUAUAAAUAUUAAUAGGGGUAAAUAUGAAAGACCAGGUGCAGCCAAAUUACAGUCACAUGCUGCUACUGAACAAAAAGCAGUACAUACCAGAUCCAGGACAUGCCCCAGUCUGCUUCAAGGAGGACCUGACUGCCUUAAGCAAGACCAGAAACCCACUCAACCUUGUUCUAGACCUCAGAUGUCAUGUGUGCAGCAGAAAUCCAAAGCUGUGAGCCAAAGGCCUACCCUGGCUGUUGGCAGCUUCCCUUCAGUCAUUCCCAAUACCCCAAGCAUAAGAGCAAGUACAGCCAAGGGGAAUAAACACAGCAGUAGCUGUCAACAGAAAGCACAGACCCUGGACUCCAAGUUGAAAGGGGCUCUUCCCCAGAAUCCCUUUCUAAACAAGACAGCUCCCAAAACUCAAGCUGGUGGCACAGCCAUAAAUGGAAGAAGAGUCCCAAAUGGGACCCAGACUAACCCGGAUGUUAAGAAGAAGAUCACAGCAGAGGAUCGAAGGAAACAGCUGGAAGAAUGGCAGAAAUCUAAGGGGAAAAUGUAUAAGCGGCCUCCAAUGGAACUUAAAACAAAAAGAAAAAUAAUAGAGGAAAUGAAUGUUUCAUUCUGGAAGAGCAUGGAAAAAGAAGAGGAAGAAAGGAACGCACAGCUUGAACUGUCCAAUAAAAUUAACAGCACUCUGACCGAGUGUCUGCAGCUCAUCGAAGGGGGUGUACUUUCUAAUGAGGUAUUUACCAUAUUGUCUAGUAUACCUGAGGCUGAAAAAUUUGCUAAAUUCUGGAUCUGCAAAGCAAAGUUCUUGGCAAGUAAAGGCACCUUUGAUGUUAUUGGACUGUACGAAGAGGCCAUUAGAAAUGGGGCAACACCAAUACAAGAGUUGCGGGAAGUUGUUCUUAAUAUUUUGCAAGACCAAAACAGAGCCAGAGACGGAAUUACCUCUGAAUCUUUGGUUGCUGAAACUACUAUACCACCCAUAGAAGAGCUGGCCAGGGACAUGGAAUCUGGAAGAAAGUCUUGUCUUUCUCCAAAAGAGAGAGAACAGGUCCCAGCAACACCCCAAAUAACCGUGGCAGAACAGGAUAGGCACCCUGGUAUCAAAUUACAGGUCGCCCCCAUCCCCAGAAUAAGCGGGAUGCCGGAAGUGCAGGACAUGAAGCUAAUCACUCCCGUACGGCGCUCAGUGAGGAUCGAGCGAGCCGUGUCCCGCUAUCCGGAGAUGCUGCAGGACCAUGAUUUAGUGGUGGCUUCUCUCAGCGAGCUCUUAGAAGUGGAAGAAACAGAGUGUUUUGUAUUCCAUAAAAAUGAGGCUUUGCCUGUAACAUUAGGGUUUCAAACCCUUGAAUCAUAACUUCUUGCGCCUCCAUGAGUCAAGAAAUGCCCUCGUCCAGCUGACCUGGGAGAAACUGUCGUGGACGCAAACCAGGACUUGGAAAGUAGCUUGCAAGACUCGCUCUCAAAUUGUCUAUCUCACACAGGAUAACCUUGGCUUGUUUGUUUAAGGUUGUCAUUUGCCAGUUUCACAGCAUCCAGAAAUUUCACACUAUUGAACAUGAAUUAAUCCCACAAGUAUGGUAAGGACAUGGAAGGUUGGUGUCACAGUAAGACAGACCUUCCUCGCUGUGUCCACCUCAGUCCUCCCAGCGUGGACGGUCUGAGCUCAGGUCAUGUGGGACAUGACAGGCCACCUGGUCAGUUCCCCUCAUUUUACAGAUGAAUUUAUACUCACCAUGCCUUUGCUCAGCAACCAUAAACGGUUUACAUAUGACCUUUGCCUCUGUCACCGUGUCCUUGUGACGAGGGGUACGUCCUUUCUCUGCCAGAUCUCCUCGUGAAACAAACAAUCCUGGAUUGGGAUGGUCGUCGAGUUUUUUAUAUCCAGACCUAAUUUUUGCAUUUGUUAUUCAAAAUGUUUUAAGUAAAGGCAAAAAUGGGAGCAGGUGGGGAAGGAUGCUUGCUUUUGCACUUCAGUUCUGUGCUCUGCCAGGGAACCCCCGCCUAAAAAGGCGGUGUGAGCCUCAGAGACUCUAUGGGUUGCCUUUUCUUCCUUCUGAGCAACUGCUCUUGGGAAGGUAAAAUCUGAAUCACUGUAAAUAUAAUGUAGAGAACCCGGUUCAACAGCUUUCUUAAUAUUUAAGUAUUAACCAAAAAAAGAACAUUAAAUUUUGUUUAUUCCUGCUUCA